AUGGCCAACAUUCACAACGCUCCGGGAGGCAGUUUGGCCAAUGGGGAACUGCAGUACAUUGAUGGUGAACCAAACUGUCACGAUGUCAAACUUGGACGAGGAGGUGGCACAAACACGCAUCUGGGAAACAAACUGUUAAGACAAAAAGUGGAAGAAUUGUUUGAAGAAUACAAUAAUCAGAACGAGCAAGGAUCUAAAACGGUGAUUGCUCAAGGUAUCAUCACAUCCAUAAAUAGGCUGGACCCACCUGGUCGAUUUGUAAAGAAAGAGAGCAGUAGUGGACGAUGGUACGAAGUUGGAAACAACGAGGCUCUAGAAAAGACUGCUCAAACCUUUCGGAAUGUUCGGCACAAGCGGAAUACUGCUGCCUCAUCAACAGAUAAAAAAUUGCCUACUAGGGCGCCUUCUGCAGACGAUGAUGGUACAGAUCAGCCACCACCACGAAGAGCUGAGUCAAUGGUUGGCGGUCAACCAGCUGUACCAGCUCAUCCCACAGCUAGUGAAUCGCAGCAGCCGCAAUUGACCAAUGGCAGUCAAGAUUCGCAAAUUAUGCACGAAACCACGCACUUGGAAGGUAUUGUGGUCAAUCCAAUGGCUCGCUCGGCCAUUUCUACAAUUCUAUUUGUGAGUGCUGCUAUUACCCAAGGAAAAGACAAUCGUAACCCAACGCAAGAAAUCAAACAGAUAAUAUCAAACCCAAUGGUCAUUGACGCGACUUUUACCAUUCUGUACUCGGCUACGUCUUCCUACUCGAUACCUCAAAUUCCAACCAUGCAAGAGGUACAGACACUUUUGAAAAGUUCGGCUGCGACAGAUUCCUUUCUCAUGAUAUUGCAGGCGGCUGCCUUCACCGCCGACAAAAGUGCGGCCGCUGCCAUGGAACAAGUCCUGCAAAUGAAAAAUAAUGAAAUGGUCGUUUGGGCUGUGUCCAAGAUUCUAGAGGAAGCCGCCAUUAUUCAAAACAACAGUAGUAAUAACGAACCCAUGCGGACGACCUCCAUUGGUGAUCAAGACACCUUCCCCGAAAUGCCUGAAAGUGGUAUCAUGUCUCUGUCAUCACCCAAAGACCUAAAGUCGAUGAGAAGCAUUACGUCCAGUUUUGCAGGUUUGUCCUUUGCAACAGAAAGUUCCUUUGUGGAACAGGUGGCGACCCAAGAUGCGAAUGGAAAUCAUGGUACCUACACGGGAUAUGUUUGGGCCAAUACCAAGGAGCCACAUGGUGUCGGCCGAAUGCAAUAUCACAGUGAAAACGCGGAAUUUCAUGGGAAUUGGCUCGGCGGCGGGAUGGAUGGGCUUGGAGUCUAUGUCCGCGCCAAUGGGGACAGCUUCGUUGGUCAAUUUAGCAAAGGAAAACUGGAAGGACCAGGCUACAUUGGAUACGGCAGUGGCGAUUUCUACUUUGGUGGCUUUUCUAAUCACCAAUUUGAUGGAAAGGGGCUCUUCAAAUGGGCAGAUGGACGACUCUACAUUGGGGAAUAUCGAAAGGGCCAGCAACUUUCGUACACUUUGACCGGUCCCGAUGGACAAUAUCAACUAAGUGAUCUUGGUACUGCCUUUAGUCCUAAUGCACCAUUUGUGGAGAGUCAAAUGGUUGUCACUGCCUCGGGAAAGAUGGGAAGGUAUACGGGCUACGUCUCGGAACACACAUUGUUGCCACACGGUAUGGGACGAAUGAUUGAAAAUGAUACCAACGACGAGUAUCAUGGAACCUGGUUUGAGGGUGAAAAGGAUGGUAUGGGCCUGUAUAAACGAAGCAACGGCAAAACCUAUGUUGGAGACUUCAAGAAGGAUAUGUUUGAGGGCUACGGAUUCGCCACCAACGGAUGUGGGUAUUCUUCGACGUCCAUGGAAACUGGGACGAUUUACUUUGGCAAAUUUAGGGGUUCCAAAUGUGAAGGACAAGGAUUCCUGAAAUGGAAAAGCGGAGGCGUCUACAUCGGUGAAUUUCGCAAUGGUCAGCGUAGUUUUGGAUUUGGCAACCGUAUCACAGGCGACGAUGGUCGGUAUCUUCAACAAAAGAGUCAGACCAUGGGCAGUCUUGGUGGUAUGGACGUCGAUAGUUUUGCAUUCAGCUCUAUGGCUGACGGGUCCGCUACUAUUUUCUCAGAGGUGACAGGUUUUUAG